GGAGGAGAGAUCAAUGAAUAGUCUUAAACUAAUAGGAUUUAAUGAACAAAGUUUGCACUCAGUACAAGAUUAUGUUAAUAUCAUAAAGGUUCUUUUAUUAUUAAAUGAUAAAACAGAGCAUUUAAAUGAAACAGUUGCAUCAGUUAUUGUUAACUGGUCUGAGCAAAUAUUUAUUCGAAAAGCAUUGCACAUGCAAACGGUUCUAGAUUUGUAG